AUGCUGCGAUACACCCUGCGCUGGUAUGGCGGACUUUGCAACCAUUACCCCAGAUGUGACACAUUCAAGUUAAGGUCACAGCGGGUUGUGGUCAAGAUUGACGCCCUGGAUACCAAGGAGCAAGCUAAGACAAUGAUGCUCGCGGGGCUUGAGGUGUUUGGGCAACGGGCAGAGGAUAUCAAGCACCUGAUCAUGAUGCUUGGACCCAGUGGCCCCUACGGACGGCCCAGGCAUAGCCAGAAUAAUUUCCAUCUGACCAUCUACGCGUCUGGGAAAGCGCGGCGUGGUUCCAACCUACCUGGCUCCAUCAGGGACAAAGUCUUAGUCAAGGUCAAGGAGCUUACAGUUUGA